AUGCUAUCUGACAUAGUCGAACGGCCCAUCGUCCAACCCACCCCACCAGUCGUAAUUCCAUCCAGAAAACCAGCCCAGUCUACCAAGAUUGAAGUUAACGGGAAGAACGCCUAUCUGAACCCACGACUUGCGUCCCUCUUGCCGCGCUCUCUACAAAAUGGAUCGUGUUCCAAGCCUGAUCAAGUAGCCCAAGAUCCUACAUCUCAACAAGAAGAAGGCGAAAGUUCCGAAGAGGAUCAAGAUGAUUUGGAUAGUGAUGAAGAUAACGACGGUUCAUCAACAUGGUCGGAAGAUGAUGAUGAGGGAGCUGCAGGGGGGUCAAGCUGGCCACCGGAAGAUUUGGAUAUACAAACGGUUCUAGACCUAAGACAAGCUGCGUUGGAGUAUCACACCAAACGGCAGGGAUUAGGGCUUGGUCGAGGUACAGGUCCUCUAGGUGGUGACAGAGCCCCAGGCUCAGAUGAUGAGUCAGAAUGGGUACCCCUCGACGCUCGGGUUAAAGCUCCAGGUGUUCCCCGACGAUCUAGUGGCCAGAGUCGAUUCAAGACCGGAAGACCGUUACCCCCUUUGGACGGUACCAAUCCGGAUUGUCUAGGUGACGAAAAGGUGGUUGACGGCAAGCUUUUUGGAGCUGCACCGAUCAUCGAAGGCCCAGCACCGACUAUGGGUGCAGCCGUACAUCAGUUGCCUGGUCGGACGGCAGACUUUACGGAAGUCGAUGACGAAUUAACGGCCGAGGAAGUGGAACUGUUAAGGUCACGACUGGAAGCUUUGGGUAUGGAUGAAGAAAGAAGGAUCGCAGCUGAGAAGGCCGGAUCUGAGUUGAUGGCUUGGAUGGAAAAGGCUAGGACAGGUGAAGUCGACCUGGAGGAUCAACCUCGCCCGGAUUCUGAAGCUACACUCAAUCAGCCACAACGAGCCCCAUUGGCUGAAAAAUCUUUCCGGAAUGAAGGACCACCCGAAAUCAAAACUGCUCCGAAAUCUUCUGCUCUGAAAUUCAGACCAACAAUCUCAAAGAAUCCGUCUCCGAUCGCCAAUGCUUCCUCCGCCCCCAAGGGAACCGUGAGAACAGAACCCACAUUGGACCCGCCAAUCGCACCACGGCAAAACAACGAUAAGGUUGAUCAGACGUCCUCAAGAAACGGGCUUGCUGAUCAAGUAUCUAUUGAUUCCUUACAUCCAUCAACGCCAAGCACAACAACCCCAUCUAAAAAAUUGUCGCGUUUCAAAGCGUCUAAGAUCAAUCAAAAUCUAUAA